AUGCAUACGCUUUCCCUUAAAAGCUCAUUCUAUCGUCAUGCCGCUCACAGAUGCCGCGGUGGCGGCGCUGGCAGGCUCGAAAGCGAAUCUUCUCACGUGGGCAUUCUUCCUAGCACCAGUCCUUCAGUUGAGAAACGAGAGUGGUUGGGCCCUCAACCGACUGUUGAUAAUCUGACAGUCUCAGAGCAAUGCUUAGCGGACAACAACAUGCCGCCGAAGAUUUCCUCCCCAGACUAUGAUCAAGGGUUCGCUACGCCUGCAGGACGGUCCCCCAGCCUCAACCAGGUUCACCCUACGGGGCAUCUAACCUAUUGGGAUCCAUCUGUGCGUCUGCCGCGCUGUCCCAGUAUCGGAAGUAUCAGCUGGAACAGCUGGCCGAACAGUAACGAGGAUUCAGCCGAUUCCGCUCACGAGGGUGGCAUUGCCACCAGAAUCGAGUGGCCGUGCGAAUCGAACGAGGACGCUUGGGAUUCUUUCGCCGUCAGCCAGACGGAGCAGCUCUUGCUUGCGGGCGACGGUCAAGCAUCUUCAAAAGCAGAGCUCACAACCUCGCCUCCGAGACUCAGUGAUGCUCAUGCCUUACCCGCGCCCACGAUUUGGCGCCAAAUCAGCUUGGCGAAGCAGCUGUGGGCGUUCACCGGGCCCGACAGGCAUCUUAUUGCAACUGCAGCACUCUGUAUGGUCUUUUCUGCCGCUGCGCAAGUUUGUAUUCCGCAUUUUGUAGGUAUCGUGGUGGACACGGAAAGUCAAGCAGAGGUCAAACACUCCAUCAUCUGCCUCGUCAUUGCAGCAUCUGUCCACGUUCUGCUAAACGCUCUAAGGGCGGGGCUGCUUCACCUGGCUCUUGUAAACUCCAAGCUUCGCUUGCAAAAGCGUCUUUUCUCGCGUCUUCUCUUGGCGGAUUUCAACUUCUUGCAGCAGCAUUCUACGGGGACCUUGUCAGCGAGGCUUUGUGUCGAUUGCUCGAAAGUCUGCGACAUCUUUUUGACGAAUCUGAACAUAUUCCUCAAAGCGCUUAUGCAGAUUGUCGGUAUUCUGGCGUUCAUGGCAGGAAUGAGCAAGGAGCUGGUGGCAGUCGUGAUCUUCAGUCUUCCCCUAUUCUUUCUCGGAAUCCACCAGAUUGGCAUUCGCACGCAGCGGCUCUCCACUUUGGCACAGGCACGACUUGCCGACUCCAACAAAGUGGUACAAGAUGUUCUAUCAAACGUAAUGGCGACGAAAACCAACACGGGCGAAUUCCAAGAGCUCCAGCGUUUUGGUGACCGGACCAGAAGAUAUUUUUCAAUCGAAAAGCAUAAAGCAUUCCUCAACGGCUUUAAUCAAUUGCUCGUCACAACAAUUCCGCAACUGUGCUCUAUCGUGCUACUACUGGCAGGAGAGCAACUGGUAAAACACGGCAGAGUACAGGCGGGUACUCUAGUUACGUUCAUGCUCUAUCAACAGCAGCUCGCUUCAGCGUUUACCAAUGUCGGUAACGUCUACUCCACCUUUAUGGAAGCAUUUGGAGCCGCCCAAUAUGUGAUCGCUCUCCUUAGGGUCCGCCCCGAGGUAGAGCAUUGCCUCCUUCAUUCGCUGCCCAGUUCGGGAGAACUGCGACGCUCCGAUGAGCGGUCGCCUUCCAAGAGACGGCGACACAUGGAGCCCGUCAGACGUACUGGAUGCCACAGAAACGAAAAAGACAGAGCUGAAGAGCAUACGUAUGUCAACCUGCAGUCCCAGCGGGACACGCUUGAAGUUAAAGGCGACAUAACUCUCGACAACGUAACCUUCGCCUACCCCGACAGGCCAGCAGUCCCUAUCCUUAGCGGUGUUAGUCUCCAUGUUGCUCCGAAAGAGUUUGUGGGGGUGGCUGGAGCAACGGGCAGCGGCAAGACGACUCUCCUCCGGCUGAUUGCGGGUCUCGUACAUGCUGACCAAGGAGUUGUUGCUUUCGACGGCAGUGAUAUUCGGGAACUCGAUCCGACCUGGCUGCGAAAGCAAGUUGGGGUUCUCUGGCAAAACCCUGAAGUCUUUUCGGGGACAAUAAACGACAACCUGUACUACGGCGUCGAAACGCAGGCCCCGCUACCAUGCUACAGCAGCGAGGUUUGUAUGCAAGCGAAGGAGCUACGAUUCACCGAAAAUUUCCCUGCAGGAUACGACACAGAAGUGGGAGACAAAGGCAGUAAACUGAGCUGCGGCCAACGAGUGAGGCUGGCGCUCGCUCGUGUCCUCAACCGGCAGCCGCGUGUUCUACUUGUCGACGACCCCUUAAAACAACUGGGCGCUGCAGCAGGCGACACAUCGUUACAGGAUGUGUUGAAGGCCCUGAGAGGCAACGUUACGAUAGUGGUGAUAGUCCGCAGUCUGGAAACCGCCAAGGUCUGUGACCGAAUCUACGUCGUAGAGCGCGGCGUGGUUGUGCAGCAAGGAAAUCACGAUUCACUUAUGACAGAAGAAGGUGGAGCGUACCGAUCCCUGAUUCUCACUGAGCACAUGGUUCACAUGUGA